AUGCAUAGAACAUGGAAGGAACUAGACACGCUGACAGAUUUCUCCCUCAAAAGUGUUUUGGGUUACUGGAACCAGCUCGUUUGGAACUUCUACGGCGAGGGAAACCCGACAUGUAAUAAGCUAGAAUCUCAAGCCGAAUCCCCCCACUUCCAUGGGUUUUGCAUCAAACGUGGAUUGCUUGAAGAUACCUGGGAGAGAGAUGAGGCUGACCGCGGUUUCCGACCGAGUGGGCGUAAAGUCACUCCCAGCGAGAAUAAGAGAUGGCCUGGCGUACUCAUUAUGGAAACAUGCCCUGAUCUCACGACCGUGACCAAGGAUCAUCGGGAGUUCUUGAUCCCUCUCAUCGGGCUCCGCGCAUUGAAACAUGUGCUAUACAAGAACUUUGUGCGCUCGGUCCUGGAGGCAAACCUAGGUCUAGAAAUCACAUACUCUGAUAUGCAGCUCCUGUGGGAUGCGAUUGUCCACAAGAGUUAUCAUUUCGUGUGUACUUGUGAGAGAAAGGCGAAGGUAAUGGAACUAUGUACUUGA